UCUCUAUACGCAUGCCGCGUAUAUUAUCUCUCCUAUAUUUUCUUUAAUGGUUCACACGACUACCAAUUCAACUACAUUUAUAUCGUGUACAUUUUCAAUGGACAUUGUAGAAAUAAUCAAAAUUACCGUCCUCAGAGAAUAGCUGUAUGCAAUAGCAACUUUGGCAUCGCAUGCAAAAUCAUGCUGCAUUAGCACAGUUCAGUAUAGCAUAAACAUAUACAAAAAGAAGCGCUUCUCUGAAAAAAAAUCUAGCAACGCACUGAAAGAACAAAUUAUCUAGCAGCAGCUUAUUACCUGCUCGGCUGAGUACACCUCUCCACCAACACACGCACGAUGUUCCUCUUUCUCGCCUCCCCGGUCUGCUCUCUGCGCCUGUGCUGCUCUCUGCUCCUCUUUCCGGUGCUCUUCCUCGCGUCAUCCUCGGUCGCCUGGUGCUCCGCUCGACCAACUAACGUGCGCCUGCUGCUCGCUGAAGCCCCUGCUGCCCCCGGCCCCUCCUACCCUCCUCUUGUUUCGCAUGCAACCGCCUCCCUCCGUUCCCAGUGCGGCGGCGCGCGCCCCAAACUCGUAAUCCAUGUCGGCGGCAGCCCUCCCCUCCUCCAUUUUUCCCAUCGGCGGCGCCCCUCCCCUUCUCCAUCUCCCCUGCAGCCGCGCCCCUCCCGUGGUCCAUUUUCCCCAUCGAUGGCGCCCCUUCCCUCCUUCAUCUCCCCCGCGGCUGCGCCCCCUCCCCUCCUGAGGCAGCCGAACUGGCCUCUACCAGAAGAAUGCGACGAGAAUGCAGAGGGGCCAGGGCUGAGCCUGUGGGCGGCGGGGAUGCGGCAAUGGAAGCUGAGCCUGGGGGUGGCAGGGACGGUGCUCGGCGGCGGCCAGGGCUGAGCCCGUGAGCGGCGGGGACGACCAUGAGACCAUGUCGCGCAAGGAGAUUGAGUGGCCAGACUGACUUGCGAAAUUAGAAGCGGGCAGGCUGACGUGGGAGGGAUUAGAAGAAAACCUGCAGACGUGGACAGCUUGCUAAAUUAACUGCAUUUAGUGAGUUUCAAUUUUAUAGAGUUUAUAGAUCUGCUGCUGCCCAUGUGCUGAACUCCAUUGUCAAAAAAUAAUUUUGGAGUUACGUACAUAGAUGCAACACCUUGAAAAGAAACAAGAAGAAAUGCAAGUAUGCAACGGGA